CAUUGCCCUUUUAAGCUGUGGCCCCACCACCUCCUCCCCGGCUCCCGGAGGGGCUCCGGCAGCCGCCGCGACCUCCCUCCUUCCCUCCCUCCCUCCUUCCCUCUUUCCUUCCCUCCGUCCGUCCCCGCUCCCGGCGAGCGGCAGCUGCGGGCCGGGGCGCGGAGAGCCCCAGGGCGGCGGCGGGGAGCCGGGCUGCCCCUGCCCCGCUGCUCGGGGACCAUGGGAUGCUGCACCGGGCGCUGCACCCUCAUUUUCCUCUGCACUUUGCAGCUGCUUGCUGCGUUAGAGAGGCAAGUGUUCGAUUUCCUGGGAUACCAGUGGGCCCCUAUCCUAGCCAACUUCCUCCACAUCAUCAUCGUCAUCCUUGGCCUGUUUGGCACUAUUCAAUAUAGACCUCGCUACAUAGUGGUGUAUGCCAUCUGGACUGCAGUUUGGGUCACCUGGAACAUCUUCAUCAUCUGCUUUUACUUAGAAGUGGGAGGGCUCUCAAAGGACAGUGAACUCCUGACAUUCAACAUCUCCCGGCACCAGUCAUGGUGGAGUGAAAAUGGUCCUGGCUGUGUAAGGAAGGAGGCUUCAAUGUCUGGCAUCAAAGGGCUGGACAGCCAUUCCUACAUCUCUGUGAUAGGCUGUGCGCUGGAGUAUCGGUACAUCGAGGUCAUGCACAGCUCCUUCCAGAUCCUGAUCGCGCUGGUGGGCUUUGUCUACGCCUGUUACGUUGUUAGUGUUUUUACAGAAGAAGAAGACAGCUUUGAUUUCAUUGGUGGAUUUGAUCCAUUUCCUCUCUACCAUGUCAAUGAAAAACCCACCAACCUUUUGUUCAAGCAGACAUACCUGCCUGCGUAAAUAAAGAGGAGCCAGAGGAUGGAUAAACCUUGCACUCCACCAUCAAAGGUGCUGCAGGAAACAAUCCCCUGGGGCCUGGAUCUUUGGCAGAGGAAAUGCAGGAUGGUGAAUUCCAUUCCAUUUUUUGUCAUCGUCUUUUCAAACGCAAUGAAUGUACAUUGAAGAAUGGCCAUGUGAUUGGUUUUUAAUACUCCAAGUGCCCUGACGAACCAUUCUUACAGUGGUCUCGUGGUACCAGCCAACAAAUGGCACAGCCCUGAAGACCUCAGGCAGAACAAGUUCACUGAGAAACUCUCUCAGGAGACACAGCUGAAGUUGGAGCUGUUUCCUUGCACCAUGGAUCCAUAAAGAAGGAAGCACUGUAUAACACCCUGGGACAUUUCAUGUUUUGUAGUUAGCUUCUUCCCCCUUCUCCUUUCCCUUGUUCUGAAGAGAGCCUAAAUCCCCUAACACAACUUCAUCUGCUCCCUGCCUGUAUAGAACUAGGUGGGGGCUAUUUACAUUUAUGUUUAGGCUUUUUUUUUUAAUUAAGUUAUAGAUGAGAACUCUCUCACCCCCCAUCCAGGACUCCCUUCCUCAUUCUCUAUUCUUUAGACAUGGUCAGCACCUUAGCAGUAGGCAUUUGUCCUGGAUUUCAGUGUUCUGUGACGUAACUCCUAUAAUGCUGAACAGCUAAAAACCAGUACAAGCGCCAAAUCUUUACUCAGCAUGGAGCUUAGCCCCAUUUCAAGAUCCCAAGCCAUUCUCAGAGCAGCUGUAGCUUACCCUGGCUUUGCCCAUCUACAUUAAAUUAACACUGGUGUAACUAUAUACACAGCCAAAACCUACUGCAGGAUACUGGAAAAUGCCUAGUUCUUCAAGGAUCACAGAUGCUUUUGAACCUGCCUUCUCACUGAGCAGCCGUGCUUAUUCCAGGCACAAGCCUGGCAACACCCUGAUGAAGGGUUGUUUUGUGACAGGAUAAUUUUGAGGGGAGGGAACGGGCUGAAGGAAAGGAGGAAUAUAAGUGUGAUUAAGCUGCAUUGACAAGCUGCAGCAGUUAAUUAAAACAAGCAAACAAGAAACAAUGUCAGUUUUGUUAGCUACAUCUCCCAGCAUGUUACAUGUCAAGCAGAGAAAGAGCGCUUAUCAGCCAUCCGUGGCAUUCUUCGGCUGGUACAUCCCAAGUGCUGUUGUCAUUCUUUGUCUUGCCUAAUCUGUUGGAGAUUACUUGGCAUUUUGGACUAAUGCUUUUCAGAAGAGUCAAGCUAGAAGCCAUGCUAGGGAGGGGAUGUGUGAGGGAAGAAUUAAAAGAAAUAAAAACAUUAAGUGGUAAGUCAAAGAUAGAAUGAUGCACCUUUCUUUGUCCCAUUCCAAAGGGCCCUGGAAGCAAAAUCCUCUUCUAUAAACCCCAAAUUAUAAGCACUAAGAGAAUUGGGUUUUUUUGCUUCUGUGCAACUUCCAUUCCAGAUACCCACUGCAACCUAACAUCCUGAGUUCUGAUCGGGUACAGCUGCAAGUAAAAAGGUUGUUUUCUAUAGGUAUUCUAUAGGCUUCUUUUAGACAGCAGAAGCCACAGCUGCUGACCCAGCAGAAGAGACAGCUGACAGUUGCUGGUUUGAUAGUAGGUUUCAUCAUUUGAGGAAGAAAAAGCUCAACCCCCUUUAAAACAGCUCUGCCUGACAAAACAUAACUACCUCCCAUAUUAGUCAAUAUUGUGUCACUACCAGGUUAAAAAAUACACAUCAGUGGAACACAAGCUACCACACUAUUUAGACUGUCUGCACAGCACUGUCCAUGCACAGCCUCUUCGCACUUUCUCCACCUCUUCUUUGAUUCAAUUCAUUUCAGUAUUAUACUCAUUCCUACUCACCCACCUGAUGUUCCCUGGAGGGGCAGAAAAAGGAAUGGAAGAAUACAUAUCCUGUAGUCAAUGAGGUUGUUCCAUGGGAGACUUCAUUUAUUUGGGGCCUUUGAAAUUAAUCUUCUCUUCCCUCAUCAGAAAACACUGACUUUACACUUUUUGGUUCAAUAUGAUUUCUUUUCCUCAGAAAGAAGUGUUAUUCAGACGCCAGCAUUCUUUAUUGGCCUUGUUUGAGUGCAACCAAACUUUAGCACAGAUGGUGGAAAAAAAGCACAGUUUCAGCUCUGAACAGCUGCAACAUUUUACUAGUUGUUUCAGAAGGGAAUUCUUAGAGAUAGUAGUAUGAAGUCAGAAGGAAACUCUUUGAAUUACUGAGGUCUGCAUGUUUUUAACACUAUACCUCUCAAACUGACCAAGCCUUGACACCACAUUUACUAAUAAAACUGAACAAAAACACUUGCUAAAUACUCUAAAGAGACUAAGCAUCAAGCUAUGCACUUAAUGGCACGCCUCCUGACUGUAAUACUCACUGGUAAAUAUUGAUUAAAUAAAUACAAGUGGGAUGACCGAGUAGCUUCAUAACUACUACCCUAUGUUAUUAUGAACACAAGUAAUUAUCUUUUACUAGAAGUAAAAUAAAGGUUCAGGUAAGCCUAUAAUAUUUAGUAUCAAUGACUUCCAUAAAUAAGGAAAUGAGUCUGAGAAGAAAAUAAAGAUAAGCUAUUAAGCAUCAUAUUCCACACUUAAUUACCUCUAGUUUUCAUUAGCAGAGCCAUUCAUCCUUUGUACUCUGACAACCCUUCCUCCUGGUCUGCUUGUGCUAGACCUGCUCUUAAAUACUGCAAGGCCAUGCAAUGACCCUGUUCUGUUAGGGUAGGGGCUCCCAGGUUUUUUUGCUUCUCCAACAUGCCGUAAGACUAAGGAGCAGGGGAAGGUUUUGCUCCAGUGGGUUCCCUUAUCGCCAGAUUAGGAGUGCCCUCUAUUGGGGAUAGGCAUCACUUGAGAGACUGCUAGUCAAAAAACGAUGUGUACCUUUUUCUGAAGGGACAUUUUCCCACAGAAAAAAUGGCUGCACCCUUCCAAAUGUGGACAAGUCAAUUUUCCACAUGUUAAAUAAAAGCGGCUAAAGAAAUAGCUGGUAUAUUUACAGCCUUGUAGUCCUGUUGCUCAGGCAAGGUUUCAGUGACACUGAGCUAAAGUUUAGGAGGAAAUAACUCUAUUCCAAAUCUGAGCUGAUUUUGUUUCCCCUCCUCAGAUUAGCACAUCUACUGAAAUGGUAAGCUUUUGCUGUUAUUUACAGAGGCAAAAUAAAGCCAAUGAUAGCUUGAACCCAGACACAACAUCUAGUUUGGCAUGGUGGUACAAUUCUGUUGCCUAUAAAAGCUGCUGUCUGGCAAAGACUCACCAGUUCCUCCAGGAGUUGGAGAAUUUAACUGCUCAACUAGUAAUUUCUCUCCUUUGCUAAGAGAGUAUUACUUUCUUUGAAGGCAAGGAUGAAGAGAUCUGCCCUCCCACAUGGCCCGGGGAAAACUGACCCCUUAAAGUUACUCAGAGACAAGCCUAUAAUCCUGUUCAGUAUCCAGGGCUGGAACCAAACAGAAGCAACUCCAGACCUGGUGCUCCACUCUCUACAGAUGUGUUCAAGAGCCACGUACUAAAACUCUGCAUCAAGUUCAGAUGCAGAAUUAUUCCCUACCUACACAGCUUCAUAUAUCAGGUCCUUAUGCUCCCACAUCCUUACAUGUUCUUCUGAAGUUAAGGGAGUCUGGAGGAGCCACACGCUGUCUUGUGAAUUCUAAAGGAAGCUAAUGGAUGGUAAGAACAGUUGCUUCUCUCACUCAUGCCCAUGUAGUACUGAAGGACAAAAGUUAAGUGAUCUACAACCUGACACUGCUCUAUCAUCUUAGGACACCACAACACCCCCUGCUUCAGUAAGGCAUUACACUGGAAUCAGAUAUCUUACAGAGGUCUGAGUAAGCAAACAACAUUUUAUUCAGUGAAAAACAACAUUUGAUUUAAAAAACAUUUCCUUUCCCCUGCAGUUAACAAGCUAUAGUAUUGACAAAACUUUCUCUUUUUGGCUACAUGAUAGAAUGUUCCAUUUAAAAGAAUAAUCAUCAGUUUAGCCUGCAAACAAGUCCUAAAACAUAAGUUUCUGUAGUUAUCUUCUAGUAGGGCAGUACCCAACAGCCAGGGAAGAGACUCUGUAAGAAGCUUCCAUGAGAUCAUCUAGUGACCCUGACCAUCAAAGAGCCUUCCACUUCUGUCUAGGGAGAUCAGCUAAGAGAAAAGAGGUUGGGGAGUCUACAACAGGCCAGGCUUUUCACAUAGUUAUGUGGAUUUGAGUAUUACUGAAACAUUCUGUCAAUUGCUGACAAUUCAACAAGAUAGGGCAGUGGGGGGAGAGGGGGAAGACAGCAAAGAGCUCAGAAGAAAAAGCUAGAUUGUCCCUCCCCGACAAUAUAUUGAUGCUGAGUAUUAAGUCUCAACAGAAUGCAUUUUGUAUUAAAAAUACUCCCAUUUUGACUCGGACUUAUUGAAAGAAGUCAUCAACCCUAGCAGAAUAAUCUCUAAACUGCUAGAUGAGAGAAAGAGAACCAGAGAACCUACUGAAGAUAUCCCUUGAUUUCAAUAGAGCAGGGAUUCUUUUGAGAAUGCAAUAAUUUGGAGGAGAAUCUGUGUCAACAAAAGCCUCUUUCUGGAGAACAAGAGAAGCCAGCAGAGUUUUUCUGGAGCAGUCCUACAAGAAGAUGAGCAAGAGUUCAGCAAACCAGCAACUCUUACUAGAAAUACUGUGCAUAGGAGGCACAUUUAGUAAGUUUACACAUAUGCCAAGCUACCCUGCAAGUAAGAUUGCUCCAGCAUCAAACUAUUUACUUAUUUUCUUCCUCUGCUGUGUUAUGAGCAAGUUGUAUAGACUUAUCUUUCCCCUUAGGCACAUCAUGGCUCAGGACAUGAAAGUCCUCACACUUCCCCGGAUGACUGCUCUGCAGAUAGGACACAAUCUCAAGUUGCGGGCACAUUGUCUGCAAGCUACCAGGUGACCACAAGGAACAAACACAACAGAUACAUCUCUGUCCAUGCACACUUUGCACAUCUUUUCCUCUUGCAGGCGUCGGAGCUGUUCUUCUGCAUUCAUCUGAGACCCAUCUUUACCAAAAAAAAGAAAAGAAAAACCCAAACUGUUAGCAUUAUAACAGCUCUGGAGUGCCAGCCCUGUCAUCUUAGGAAGUCACACUGCAACUUGCGCAUCAUUUUGUUCAGAUACCAACUGUGAAGAUGGCAAAAGCACCUCUCAAGCAAGUUUCAUUUAAACUGAAAAACUACAGCUAUUAUACACUCUGGCUGAUCUACACAAGAUUCAGCAUAUCUUCAUAUGAAGACUGAGCAGGGACAGAUAUCAACAUUUUUUACUGUAAUAUGUAAAGUAUCCCAAUAAACUGAGGGUUUUUUUAACA